AUGAAUCACAAUAAUCAUUAUUAUGGUAACAAAUCACAAAAUAGUUCAAAAUCAAGAAAAUAUAAUAAUGAUAAUAAUAAUGGUAACAAUGAUAACAAUUUAGAAUUACAAAUUCAUCAUCAACCUUAUCAACAACGUUAUCAACAACAGCAGUGUCGUCAACAAAAUAUUCAAAACAGACAUCGACAGCAACAUUGUCGACAACAACCUUAUCGACCACAACAUUACAGAUUUAAAGUAGAUUCAAGAAAUUUACAUCGUCAUGAUGUUAAUGGUGAUGACGAUGGCGAUGGUAGUGAUGGUAAAAGAGAAGAAGUUGGACAGCACCAAUUUGAACCUGAUUCAUAUUAUAAUAACAAUAAAACAUAUCCAAGAAAUGGUGAGAGAAUGAGAUAUGAUGAACACAACAGACAUUAUAAUAAUAGUAAUAAUAAUGAAAAAGAACCUCACUUUGCUACAAUUGAUUAUUACGAAAACAAUGGUAAUAAUAAUAUAUCAAAUGAUAUAUGCAAAAAUAGAUUGCGUGGUAAUGAUUAUAGAAACAUAAGAAGACAUGACGAUGGAUUACAACAGAGUUACAAAAGACCGCCGUUACAUUUAAGAUUUAAAGAUGAUAACAAAUAUCCUACAUAUUAUUAUCCUAGAUCAAGAUCCCCCAGCUAUCAAAGAUCUAUAGAUUACAUAAAAAGACAAAGUCUCACCCCUUCAUCUCCAUCAUCAAUAUUAAGACAACAUGAAUUUGACGACUACUUAAAAAAUCGGGGAUCGUUAACAACAACGCCAUUAACUAAAGCGUCAACUACACCGAUUGAGAAACCUCCACUAAUGCUUAUAGUAUUAGAUCUGAAUGGUACAUUGGUUUAUCGUGAUGCUACAGUUUAUGACAAUAACAAGAUGCAGAAUCCUAAGCCAAUUCUAGAAGAACUCUGUCAAUACGAAACGUCCUUAUUUUUUUCGUGCCAGACCUCUUCUUCCGGUUCUUCUAAAUAUUAUUCGAUUUCCAAAAGUUCUACAGCACUAAUAGUAAAUGGACAUCAACCUUUAUUGCAACCUUCACAGUAA